AUGUCCCCAUCAACUCAGCCCCAUGAAGAAUACGAUAUCAUUUUUGCUGGAGGCGGAACUAGUGCAUGCGUAACUGCCGGACGCCUUGCUGCUGCCGAUCCAUCGCUCAAGAUCCUGAUCCUCGAAGCAGGGCCACACGUUCGUGGCCUUGAAAAUCACCUCCAGCCGGCCCGCUACUUCCACAAUCUUGUUUCUUCAAACGAAGUAUUCACGUUUCAUGUCGGGAACCCUAGCAAAUCCCUUUCCGGUCGAUCUCCCAUCGUUACCUCUGCUAAAUGUGUCGGUGGCGGAUCGAACGUUAACUUCGUCAUCCAAACAUCUUCCAAGGUAGAAACUUACCAAUGUGGUUCCGACCCGACACAUGGUACAAGUGGCCCCAUCGCAGUCUCAGUCAAAAACGUUGUGGGAGGCUUUGGAGAACAAUACCUUGAUGUGGCAGCGCAGUACGAUAAAGAUCGUGAUUUCACUGAUGAUCCCAACAAUUUCGGGCCCUGCAAUCAAUAUGGUCCUUGGCCAAAGUACAUCGAUUCGAUGUCUGGGAUACGAUCUGAUACCGCCUGCCAUUUCAUUUAUAAUCAAGAAAACAACGUUAAUCUGAAGGUCCUAGACCGGCAAAGAGUUAUCCGAGUAAUUUUCGACGAUAAACGUGCCAUUGGCGUGGAGUAUGUUGAUAAAGCUGAAUCUGCUGCCAAAGUUACUGGAGAAGGCGUUCGGCAAGCGUUUGCAUCACGCCUUGUCGUAUUAUCCGCUGGGACGUUCGGUUCACCGGCCAUCCUCGAGAGAUCAGGGAUCGGAGGAACUGAGAUCUUGCAGAGGAACGAUAUAUCUCAGAUUGUUGACCUGCCUGGCGUUGGGGAGAACUACAACGACCAUAACCUUCUCUUUAUUCCUUAUUACGCGGAUGAACUAUCCGAUACUCUUGAUAUGAUGACCCAGCAACUGUUGCAUCAAUGGCGCAAAGACGGAACGGGAUUGAUGGCAACCAAUGGCAUUGACGCCGGAAUCAAGCAUCGGCCAAAUGAAAAGGAUUUAAAAAUUCUUGGACCUACCUUCACCAAACGAUGGACCGAUUUCUUUUCGAACGCUCCCGAUAAACCUGUCAUGUGGAUUGGUCCGAUAGCCGGUUACGUGGCUCUCGAUCCCCCACGACAACCUGGGCGCAAGUAUUUCUCUAUGAUAUACUACACGGAAUAUCCUGCGUCGUUGGGCAGAGUACACAUACAAGGCGGCCUCAAUCCAUAUGUCCCUCUCGAUCUGGAGACUGGUUUCCUUGAUGAUCCCGCCGACUUGGCCGUUUUGAGAUGGGCUUAUAAGCACAGUCGGGAGUUUGCUCAGCGCAUGGGCGCCUAUCGAGGUGAUGUUGCUGCAGGGCAUCCAAAAUUCCCUGAAGGGAGCCAGGCUGCCACCGAACUCCAAGCUCAAGGUCCCGUUGCGAUAUCCGCUCCCGAUAUCAGUUAUACAGAGGAAGACGACGUCGUAAUUGAUGACUACCAUCGUCUCAAAGUGGCGACCGCUUGGCACUCGCUCGGGACAUGUGCGAUGAAACCGCUCAGCCAAGGCGGGGUUGUCGAUUCACGUCUUAACGUCUAUGGUGUGCAGAAUCUCAAGGUCGCUGAUAUGAGUAUAGCGCCGUCCAAUGUUGGAGCUAACACGUACAAUUCUGCGCUGAUCAUUGGAGAAAAGGCAGCAGUAAUCAUAGCGGAGGAGUUGGGAAUCAAAGGUAUUUAG